UUUGCAGAAUAGUUUACUCGCCAUUUUCGGAUGAGUGAAACCAGUUCCCACUGGUGAAUCUCUCUGGUAGGAGGUGGUGGUGGUGAUGGUGGGUGUCGUGACGCGCAGAAGGACGCCUGGCAAAAUAUUAGUUUUACUUUCGGUGGUGAACUUUUGGUUUCGUUAAAGCACCCAGGAAACGUUCGCUCGCAGACCAGUCGCAGUGAAGCCGUCGCAGCGUGAGCACGCGUACUUGACCGUCUAGCUGUGCUGUUAACGGACAACCAGAGUCCCACAAACUGCUUUUCCUUUCCCCCGGAACGGUGUCAAUCAGUGAGUACUGGCGGUAGGGUGUGGUUCCCUUUCGCUAGGAAGAUCAACAAAGGGUUCGGAGUUUCGGAAAAUUCCGAACCGAAGACCCACAGAAGUCGUCCCGUUGGUGUUGCCGUGUGUAUGUGUGCCGUUUGCAGUGCAGUGUGGCAAAGGAUUUUGUUUGGAAAUUGAAUGUGAUUUUUUUCGUGCGUACUAAGAAAGGAAUUCAAAAAAAUUAAGAAUAGUGAUUGGCAAAAAGUAUAUUCUAACUGAGGGCUGCUGAAGCAACCGUAGAAGAUGGCUACGAGAAAAGUGGAACUAAUGAGCUUAAGUAUAUUUCUAGUCAUACUGGUCACGAUUGGUUACCAGCACAGCACACAUGGUGCCGAACUGAAGGAAAGAGCCCGUGCCGCUCUGCUACUGGAGCGGACUCAGAUUCCCGGUCAGACCAAAUGCCAGCCGGCCCAUCCAUUGCCCUGUCCGCCGAGCAAGUUCCGGUCCGCCUCCGGCGAGUGCAACAACUUCAACCAUCGCUACUGGGGUGCUCGAGGGGACCCGUUCUUGCGGUUGCUGGAGCCAGACUAUGCCGAUGGUCGCAUCAAACCUCGUACCUCGGUCGGUUCCCAUGCCCUACCGACACCGGACAGCAUAAUCGAGCAAUUGCAACGUUCGAUUCCGGUGAAUGCAAUUCAUCCGCACGUUACCGCAAUGUUACCCGCCUGGGGACAGCUCCUGGCGUACGAUCUAGUCCAGAUACUGUCACCAUACUCGUCGUUCCGUUGCUGCCGGAACGAUUCAUCUACUGCAACCGAUGAGAUCAUUCAGUGCUACGUUCGGACCGGAGCCGGCUGUAAGGAGUACAAAAGAUCUAUUCCGUCGCAUGAUCCCGGAUCCUGUCAGUUCGAUCAUCGGAAUCAAAUGAAUGCCGCUUCCGGCUUCCUAGAUGGGUCUGGACUGUACGGAACGACGGAGAAGGAAAUUCUUGCACUUAGGACAUUUUCGACCGGAAAAGUUGACAUAAAAGCAUGUCUCCGGUGUAAUGAACCUGGGGCAAUCGGGGCGUUACAUACGAUACUGCUUAAAGAACACAACCGAAUUGCUGACGAAAUGUACAAAUUGAAUGCAGAAUGGAGUGACACAACGCUGUUCUACGAAGCUCGCCGAGCUGUUAUAGCGGAAGUUCAGCACAUAACCUACAACGAGUUCCUGCCCAUCGUUCUCGGUAGCGAAAUCGUCAGCAGUUCUGACCUAAGACUCGUAGGCGGUAAACACUACAGUGGCUAUUACUCUGGCAACCGAGGCGGUGUGUUCAAUGAAAUCGCAGUCGGAGCGAUUCCUGCUUUCCUAACUAUGCUACCACCGGAUAUGUACAACGAAUCGGCCUCAGCGGAAAUUUUAAUUUCGAGUCCGGCUAUGCAACAAACGUUUGUUCCUGAUCACGCCAGCUUCAACGACGAGUGGACACCGAUCUCGCUAGCUAUUCAGCGAGGACGCGAUCAUGGCAUUCCGUCCUACCACAAGGCUCUCAAUCUAUGCGAGAAGCGCUUCGGAAUACCGUACGGUUCGAAACUGACUUUCGAUGACAUGGAGUACUUUGGUUUGUCUCCUACCAAGAGGAAAGCUUUGGAAAACAUCUAUCAAGAUGCUGAAGACAUCGAUCUGUUGAUUGGCGGACUUUCGGAAACUGCCACCUUGGGUACGGUGUUUGGGCCUACGAUAACCUGUUUGUUGGCAAUCCAGUUUGCAAACCUGCGCAGCAGUGAUCGCUUCUGGUAUGAAAAUGAUCUGCCACCGUCAUCGUUGAACCUUCCGCAGCUUCAAGCCAUUCGCCGAAUCACUCUAUCGGGACUUCUAUGUGAAGCUAACGGAGUUUCCAAAGCACAACCUAAGGCGUUCAUCCGUGAGGACCCAUACCUAAAUGCCCGGCUAAAUUGUGAUCAACUCUCGGGACUAGAUGUUACCGCUUGGCGUUCCGAGACGACCGAGAAAGUCGAAGAAGUCAUUGCAACACAAACACCAGCACCACCGGAGCUCGCUGAAUUGGACGCUGCAGUGAUCAAAGAGGCAAUCGAUAAAGCAAAGGAUCAGUUGAACGAGCGAAAAAAGUUCGAGUACGAAGCUUGGAGUAAACAGGGCGGAAUCGAUGCCAAGUCCCCUGCCGGAACAGCUGCUUCUUUCAGUAAAGCCAACAAAAACGCACUGAUCAUUGCCAACACUUCCUUACUAUUUGAGCUGGCAUCCAACGAAAUUCUAGGCACAUUGCACUCCAUUCGUCGUCGCAAACGUCAAAUAUUCGACAACAAUCUUGGAGCAUUCGGCGGAGAUGACUUCAAUAACGCCUUACAGAGCAUCGAUGUUAACCAAUUCAUCACCGGAUCGAUCUCUCCAAUAAAUUUGGAGCCACAGUGUGAAAAUCUGGAAGCUCCGUGUGACACAACGACACCGUUCCGUACCCUAACCGGUCAUUGUAACAACCUCAGAAGUCCUGAGCUGGGACAAUCACUAACAGUAUUUGCCCGUUUGCUGCCGCCAGUUUAUGAUGAUGGAAUCUCGCAGCCCCGUUCCAUAUCCAUCGCCGGUGGACCCCUACCAAACCCGCGAACGAUAUCUUCUUUGAUUCACCCUGACAUUUCGAAUCUACAUACUCGCUAUUCGUUGAUGGUUAUGCAGUACGCCCAAUUCUUGGAUCACGAUCUAACCAUGACUCCUAUCCACAAAGGUUUUCAUGAGUCGAUUCCCAGCUGUCGAUCAUGCGAUUCGCCCCGAACGGUUCACCCAGAAUGCCACCCGAUUCCGAUCCCACCAAGAGAUCAUUUUUAUCCGGAACUGAAUGUGACCAGUGGCGAACGGCUAUGCUUCCCCUUCAUGCGAUCCCUUCCGGGACAGCAAACCUUAGGCCCACGUGAACAGAUCAAUCAGAACACAGCCUUCCUGGAUGGAUCUCAAAUUUACGGUGAAAAUGGCUGCAUUGGAAAGGGUCUACGUGGAUUCUCCGGUCGUCUGAACUCUACCAUUCAUCCGAUUCGCGGAAAGGAAAUGCUUCCCCAGACUCCCAUUCAUCCAGAGUGUAAAUCAGCAAGCGGAUACUGCUUCGCAGCCGGUGACGGUCGAGCAUCGGAACAACCGGGUCUUACCGUCAUCCAUACGCUGUUCCUACGUGAGCAUAAUCGAAUCGUCGAAGGACUACGAGGUGUCAAUCCACACUGGAAUGGUGAUCAGCUGUACGAGCACGCUCGUCGCAUUGUGAUUGCGCAAAACCAACACAUUACAUUCAACGAAUUCCUACCGCGAAUCCUUAGCUGGAACGCCGUGAAUUUGUACGGUCUCAAGCUGCUACCGCAAGGAUACUACAAAGACUACAACCCAACGUGUAAUCCAGCCAUUGUCAGCGAGUUUGCAUCUGCUGCCUUCCGCAUCGGGCACUCACUGCUACGGCCACACAUUCCCCGGCUUAGUCCUCAACAUCAACCUAUCGAUCCUCCAAUUCUGCUUAGAGAUGGAUUCUUCAAGAUGGAUCUAUUCAGUCAACAACCAGGUCUGAUGGAUGAAAUUGCCCGAGGUCUGGUAGCAACACCAAUGGAGACCCUGGAUCAAUUCAUCACCGGCGAAGUUACCAACCAUCUUUUCGAGGAUCGUCGUAUUCCAUUCUCCGGUAUUGAUCUGGUUGCAUUGAACAUUCAGCGUGCUCGGGAUCAUGGCAUUCCUGCGUACAAUAACUACCGAGCGCUCUGCAAUUUGAAGCGUGCCCAAAACUGGGAAGAUCUGAGUCGUGAAAUGCCACCGGAGGUUAUUGCACGGUUGAAACGAAUCUACAACAGCGUUGACGAUAUCGAUCUGUUCCCCGGUGGAAUGUCCGAACGGCCGUUACAAGGUGGUCUGGUUGGUCCUACAUUUGCGUGUAUCAUAGCCAUCCAGUUCCGACAAGUGCGAAAGUGCGAUCGCUUCUGGUAUGAAACCGAUGACCCAGUUGUAAAAUUCACGGAAGCUCAACUAGCUGAGAUUCGCAAGACUACACUGUCCAGAAUCCUUUGCGAGAAUUUGGACAUUCAAGGAGACAUGCAGCGUGCGGCUUUCGAUCUACCGAGCAACUUCCUUAAUCCACGUGUACCGUGCAGUUCCAUGCAACAAAUCGAUCUCAGUGCUUGGCGGGAAAAUAUUAUUCAGGGUUGCCAUAUCGGCGGAAAACAAGUCAACGUUGGUGAUUCUGCGUUCCCUUCGCCCUGCACCAGCUGUAUCUGUACAAACGAAGGCCCACAAUGUGCAUCGCUGCGUAUUACCGAUUGUGCUCAAUUAGCCCGGGAAUGGCCUCGUGACGUGAUACUGCGAGAUGACGUGUGCAGUGCUCAGUGUGGCCUGGUGCUCCAGAACGGUGGCAACGCCCAAGGACGGCAAAUUCCGAUUAACUUGCGCCAGCAACCACAGCGAGUCUCACGUUCGCGAGUCGUUCAGCAGCAGUCUGCAAUUCCGCUCACCUUCCAGGGCUUCCAAUUUCCCGAUUUGACGCAGUUCAUCGGUUAAACCUAUUCCCGGUACUACCAUAUUCUUAAAGUUGUACAUAUUGAGCGGCCAUAUUACUAACUUUUACGAUAUUUUGAUAUAUCCGUUACUUUUUUUCUGACUCUCAAACUGCCUUUAGAAUGAUUCUGUUUUUUUUAAAUAAUUUUACUCUUAAACGUAUUAGUAGCAUUCUAGAUGGAGAAAUCAUUUCAGUGAUCUAUGUUUAUUGUAAAUAUUAGAGUGUAGUACAAACCAGCUUUUCCCCUGAUCGUCUCAGAUACAUUACCUAUUCAAACCUCGGUUAUAGCUAGUUAAAGACGAUCAUUCCAAUAUAAACUUGACUAAAAACUUAAUGAGCGAACAUUUUAAGUAUAGUAAACUGCAGAAUACCAUUUCGGUACAGAAGAAAUCAACGAGCAACGAACGUAAAUGUGAAAAAAAUAAUUAGUGAUAUUCCUAACGUAUGUAAGUAAACUUUUAGAACUACCAUUAGGCUUAGGACACAGAGAUGAAAAGUUUUUAAGGCCCCAGUAACGAAAAAUCCUCCAAUGUGGAAACUGCGUUCACCGGUUGGGAUGUGCAAGAGUUGUAGUGACUUUACGAUAGUGUUUGAGAAGAACGGAACAAAAUUUAAAAUAAAUGUAUUUAUGAUGAAAACUCAA